AUGCUGUGGCAGGGUCUGCCACAUGGCGGCGUGCAAGUGGUCUACGACAUCCGCUACGGCCUGCGUGCGCGCAACACGUACAUGACGGGGGAGGGGAUGACGUGGGAUUUCGGAGCGGUGGUGGUUACCAUUCAAUACACUCUCUACCCCGAGGCUCUUGCCAUAGACCAAGUACAUGAAACAUCAGCAGCGCUCUCAUGGGCAAUGGACCACAUUCACGAGUAUGGGGGCGACCCCUCGCGCAUCUUCCUCACGGGCCACUCCUCAGGCGCCCACGUCUGCUCCAUGGUUGUCUGGCGCCGCUUCAGCGGGGGAGGAGUCUUUGCUCUCUCUGCAAUGUCCCCUGCUAUUGGUGGGCCGGCACGGUUUGUCUCAUCCUCUCCUGCCCCGCUGUUUGACACUCUCAUGUCCGCUGCUGCUGAUGCUGCCGCUGCUGCUGCAGGGGCUGUUGCUGCUGGUGUAGUUGCGGGACGUGAUGGCGAUGCUGUUGUUGGUGGUGCUUCUGCUGCUGCAUCGUUCGGGGCGUCGUUUGACUGUCCAAAGAGUCCUCUCCUGGUUGCCACUGCUAUACCUACUACUGCUACUACCUCUGCACCUUCCGCCCCUUCUCCCCCUUCCACCUCUGCUAUUGCUAGAAGCCGGGCGCUCGGGCAGGUAGCAGCAGUCAGCGCUGAUGCUGCUGCCUCCCUCAGGCCCAUCCUGCCGCCCUCAAAUCUGCGUCACCCCACUCAUUUGCCACGUCAGCUGGUGUUCUCACUGGGUCAAGCGACAGCAGGAGUGCCACCUCAGGAGGGGGAAGUGCAACCUCAGGAGGGGGAAGUGCAACCUCAGGAGGGGGAAGUGCAACCUCAGGAGGGGGAAGUGCCACCUCAGGAGGGGGAAGUGCCACCUCAGGAGGGGGAAGUGCCACCUCAGGAGGGGGAAGUGCAACCUCAGGAGGGGGAAGUGCCACCGCAGGAGGGGGAAGUGCAACCUCAGGAGGGGGAAGUGCAACCUCAGUGGCAGACGCAGUCAACAGAGCGACAUCAAAACAAGCAGUGA